AUGCAAACCACGCCUUACCCUAUGAACUCACAACUCGCGCAACCAUCCACGAUGAUGAUGAUGAUGAACGGUCCACCUCCUCCGCAAUGCUCAUCCAAAGUAGAGUUGCACAUAUCGUGUCGUAAUUUGAGGAAUAUGGAUGUUUUGAGCAAGUCUGAUCCGAGAGUAUUGGUAUAUAUUGGAUUUCCUCAAAAUAAUCCACAGUUUACUUGGAGAUUAUUGGGAGAGACCGAAACGGUGAAGGAUAAUUUAAAUCCAAACUUUGUGAAAUCUUUUGUUUUGGAUUAUUUCUUUGAAGAAACUCAACCUUUGAAAUUUGCUUGCUAUGACAUUGAUAAUUCUACGACGACACUCAAUGAUGAUGAUUUUAUUGGAGAAAUGACCACCACAUUGGGUGAAAUUUACAUCCCGAGGAACAAUUAUUGUCAGUGCAGAGAAAUUAAUUCAAAUGUGACUGAUGAUGUCGAAAUUCAAUUGGCUGGAGUUUCUUUGGCAAAGAUGGACCUUUUCGGAAAGUCGGAUCCAUAUUUCAUCAUUGAAAAGCUGCACAGUGGUCAAUAUCUUAAUGUUUUUCAAUCGGAAACCAUCAUGAACACACUCAACCCACUGUGGAAACCUUUCAGAAUCCCAUUAGCAAAGUUGUGCAAUGGUGACGUUAUGAGACCUCUGAAAAUUAGCGUCUAUGAUUAUGAUAAAUUCUCUCAACCAGAUUUCAUUGGAGACUGUGAAACAAAUCUAGACUCCAUCAUGAAAGGCACUCUUUCUCUAAAAUUGGUAAACAAGAACAAGAAAAAGGCAAAGAACACACCGGAGAUUUAG